AUGGAGGUGCAGCUUACACCUGCAGCUUAUGAAUGUAAGAGAUUUGUACCCUGCUUAGCCUCUACUUGUCAAGUACUUUCUGUUCAAUCUAAAGUCUGCUUUUGCUCUUCCUCAGGUCCUUUCACAGAUGUUGUCACUACGAACCUGAAACUCGGCAACCCUACAGACAAAAAUGUGUGCUUCAAAGUUAAGACCACAGCACCACGUAGAUACUGUGUAAGGCCUAACAGUGGAAUUAUUGAUGCAGGAACAUCAAUUAAUGUUUCUGUGAUGCUACAGCCUUUUGACUAUGACCCCAAUGAGAAAAGUAAACACAAGUUUAUGGUUCAGUCUAUGUUUGCUCCACUUGAUACUUCAGAUAUGGAAGCAGUAUGGAAAGAGGCAAAGCCAGAGGAACUCAUGGACUCGAAACUUAGGUGUGUGUUUGAGCUACCGACGGAAAAUGAUAAGCCUCAUGACAUAGAAAUAAAUAAAAUUGUAUCCACAACUGCAACAAAGACAGAUUCCUCUGUAAUGUCUAAAUCAAUAAGUUCUUCCUUGGAUGACGCUGAAGUUAAGAAAGUAAUGGAAGAAUAUAAGAGGCUUCAAGUAGAAGUUCAGAGGUUACGGGAGGAGAAUAAACAGUUUAAGGAAGAAGAUGGACUUCGGAUGAGAAAGGCACCUCAGACAAACAACCCAAUAUCUGCUUCUGCAGCUGUUGUCAAGGAUGAAGGGCACAGCUCCAGACUACUUGCUUUGGUGGUUUUGUUCUUUGUCAUUGGUGUAAUUAUAGGAAAAAUAGCCUUGUAGAGGCAGCAUGCUGGAAAUUGUAAAUUGGUUUGAUGGUUCUGCCAUAUCAUUGGAUUAAAUUUAUUCAUAACAGUGUUUAAAAAAAAAAAAUUAAUGUAUGACAUCUCACAGGUCUUGCCUUUAAAUUACCCCUGCACAAAUACUAUGUAACAUAAUCUAGAAAGUUUAAAAUGUACAAUGAGGGAACGAAUGAAAGAAUAUUCUUCAGUGAUGAAAGGGGAAGAAAAUCAUGAUUUAACACUACAAUGGAAUAUUGUAUAUGUCAUUUUAAACAUUCUUAGUCCCUGGUACAUGUUGCUGGAUGACCUCUUUUUAAAAAAAAAAAAGGAAAAAAAAAGAAAAUAGAAAAAAAAAAAAAGGAUUCCUCCACUGCUGGAGCUGGCCCUAUUGGAUGUUCGGAGCUGGAUUAGGCAGGAGGUGUUGAUAACUUCUGUAAAAUAUGUUAAUCCACCAUUCUGCUCAUAAAUUUAACAGUUUUUCUGUCAGUGUCUUCAACUCUGUGCAAAUUACCAAUUUCUUGACACUUCAAUGAAUAGUGAGAAGCUGGAAAGAGUUGUAUGUGGCAACGCUGAAUGUGCUAGGCAUCAUUAAGAGGCGUAUAUUGACUGGUAUGACUAGUUUGGAUAAAAGUCAAUGCCUUGUUCUUAUGGAGGGACCAAGCUACAUUGCUAUUGGUUCAUUUAGUUGAAUUAAAAUGUUAUUCAGAGAUGUUUAAUGCAUAUUUAACUUAUUUAAUGUAUUUCAUCUCAUGUUUCCUUCCUGUCACAAAAUUGACUAAUGCUUUAUGGUAUGAAAAGGCACCUGUUCUAAAGCCAGUGACUAGAACUAAAAAUCUGCUGCUGUAGUGAUGCAAGAUUCUUCUGCCUCCUGUAGUUUUGGGCACUACACAACUGUUGGGAGUUUUGAUCAUCUGAGCAUUGGGAAAACAGUGGUCAGGAAACUGUUUUUGUAUGUAAAUAAGUCUAUCUAGGGGAAAAAUAUUAGUAGUAAACUAGUCCUAUGCCGUAAAAAGACCAAUCCUGUUUGACGAUGUAGCAUACUAAAAAAAAGGAAAAAAAAAAAAAAAAAGAAGAAAAAAAGAAAGUAAAUAAAGCCCCCAAAUUAAUGUUUCUUUUGUUACUGUUGUCAUGCUCUGAUAGUUUUGGCGGGGAGGGAACAGCAUUAUCUGUCAACUUAGCUUGUUCAUAGCAUAAGGAAACCAGUAGCUGUGUUUCAGGAAGACUUUUCCCUGCCUCAUUUUAAAAUCCAUGUGAGCAGCUCCACUCUGAGCAUCCUUUACUGGUGUGCUGUGUGUUGUUCACAGGAACCGUGCUGGCUGCUGAGGUGCUGCAUAACUUCACAUUUCUCAGUUUAGUUGGAUUCAUUGGUUAAGAUGCUUACUAACAUAUCGAACGUGAAGGUAAUUUUGUUUAUUUUCUUAUAAAAUUCAUAAACUCCAUGUGCUUUAACAUGUUGGGCCUCAGUAGAUGAACCAGCUUCUGAACAAGUGAGCCCUUCUAUAAUCUUAGAUCUUAUGCCCAGAAACCAUUGCUGACAAAGUUUUUGUAACACCAUUCAAGGUUAAGAAACAUCUUUAAAACGUGGCUUCUUCCAUUCCUUUUUUGCUCCUGGGAUUCCUUGAGAAGGGUGUUUGGGCAGCCGCUGUCUGCUGUGCUCUUCUCCAUCAUUGCCUUUGGUAUUUGUUCCAUUUGUUUCUCAAGUGCAAAAAAGUGAAACUUCAUGUGAGAUUUAAUAAGAAAAUGGGUUUGGGGGGAUGAAAAACUGUUUGGUGUGGUUCCUCUUCGGAGCACAGCUCUGGAAGUAGCAACAGAAAUGAGAGGUUUGAUACUUUAAAAUGUUACUGCCUUCUUGUCUGCUUAGGAUGGAAGGACAAAGGGUAAAGUGUGGCUGCAGCCAGGAGAGCAAAGCACGGAGGUCAGUGUUACAGACUGAGGGAUGAGACAGAGGUACAGAUGAGUGCAGACUUCUACAGAAGCAGUUGAGAGGGCCUUUUCAGAAACACGAGGUUGUAAAUAAUGGAAAAAAGAUAACUGUUGGCUUUAAAGAAUGUAUUUGAGAAAUUUCUUCACUGAAGGGAGGCUGAGUUACCCGGUGUCUUUUAAGAGGCUGUGUAUACCUUGAUUUCACUAAAAAUGUUGGAAGAGCUGAAAUCCUAAUUUGCUUCACAGUAUAUAGCAUUAGCUUUGAGAGCCCUGACAAACAGCCUCAAAAAGUAUUAAAAAAAAAAAAGACAACCUUUUCAGGGCAGGGGAAUCAAAGCUUUACGCUGAUCAUUUCUUGUGAGUGUGUCUGUAAGAGCACUGCAGGCAGCUGGUCCACAUGGUUGGCAAUCACUGCUAGCACAGCAGCUUCGAAUGAAGCAGAAAGUCACAGAACCACAGAACGUCCAUCGUCCAUCCUCCUUGCACUGUUCCAUACCCACGCUGAUGGUUUGGAACUUCCAGUCAUUGUGAGCAAGUUUGUCUUUGUGGUUUGCACUCAGGUUUAUAAAGAAGUCCCACAAAGAAGAGUUCUGUACGCUGCUCGAUGCCUUACAAAGGCAUGGUGGGAGAUGUGCAGGGCUGAGCAAGCUGAGGAUGUACACAGAACAACUGCAGUCUGCAGGAGGGGCAGACCCACACCUUCAGCCCUAAACAGGACUCUUAAAUUAACUUUGUAUCUUUGGCAGCUUCAACAAGUAAUAAUCAAGGUCUUUCCUAAAAGUUUUUGAUGACAGCCUAGACAGUAGCUUUGCUUUUGCUGGUCUUAAAAUGACUGCUUAGUAGAAUCCUUGUUACCUGCCCUUUAGCCAGACCCUUCUUUCAUAUGCAACAGAAAGAACAGUGAAGGUAUUUUUUAGGAAGAGUUCCUAAAGGCCAGUCUGUGGAGAUACUGCAAAAAUAAUCCAGCUUUUAUAAAUCGUCCUUUAGAUGCUGCUGCUAGGAGAGCUUUUGUUUGGCAUUCACAGGAGGUGGAUAUUCUGGAGGGCAUUGAGUAUCUGGGGAAGUUAGGCACGAAGUGUAGAGCUCAUGGAUAACACUAUCAUCUGGUGUCCUCCCACAGCACCAGCUGCUAGGAAACUGUAAUUGAUACACGGUGGUAGAAAACAAGUUAUUACUCACUCAUUGUCCUUACUGCUCUUUUAAGAUACAUUUACUGUUAGUUUUUCUAAGAGCCAGCAGAGGCUGCUUUGGUCGUGCUCUCCUUGUGGAGCUCUGGCACUGCUGUGUGCAAUUUGGGCGCCUCUGCAAGCAGUUCUAAAACAUCUCAGAGCAGAAGCGUGCUGAGAAGUGAAUGAGAAAACGAUUUCUGCACUUUUCACAUGGCUGUUCCCAUCUUACAGCACUGUUCCAUGUGUGAGUGAUGGUGUCCCUGUGCACUGCAGCAGUGGAGUGUGAGUGCACGUGAACAGCAGCUGUGUGUGCAGGCCGGGCACCUGGUUCUGGUUCUGGUUCAAGUAGCCGUAGGGCCCAAAGAGUGGAGUUAAUACUACGUAUGUAAUGCUGAGAGGGAUUGAUGUAUCAUAAUGUAAUUUUCUAAAACUAUAGGAUUGUAAGACCUUGGUGAUGGUAUUCCGUGUUACUUUUUUCUGCUGAAAUGCUGUUAGUGGGAUAAAUCUGGAAAUUCACUUUACAAAUUGCUAGACUUUCUUCUCACCAAUAAACCAUAAAGGGUUUCUAGUUGCUGCACUUGUGAACUUGCAAUUCUUAUUAUAACCUUAACUUAGCAGUCAGUAUAUUUACGUGGUGAUGUGGUACAAAAGGGACCUUUAAUGUCAAUGGUGUUUGACACUGCACUCACCAAAUACAAGAAGCUCUCUCUGUGUCAUCCCUACUUAAAAAAAAAAAAAGUGUUAUUUUCAUCGUGUAAUUGGAACACCUCCUUCAUUCAUGGGUGCAGUAGUGACCUGUGGAAUUCUGAGCUCUUCACGCUGUCCUUACUUUGCUUUAUGUUAUGUCCCAUCAUGUCAUAUCUCACAUUCUGUUUUCUAUCUAAAGCAACUGAGGAAAAGCACAACCAAAGAGCCCUCUGUUUGGAAUGGAUGAGCACAUAGGAGCAGCCCUCUGGACCUCAUGUGUGCUGUGCAGCCGUACCACGAGCAGCAUGAAGCAGCUCAGAGUUGCUUUUCAGUUCUGUUUGCAAAUGGGUCAGCACCCAUUACUCAGAUCCUCAAGUGAGCAGGUUGAAAAAGGACAGGUGGUGAGUUGCAGUAUGCACAUCUGUGUUUUUAGGGUUUUUUUGUGUGUUGUUAUUAUUCAGAAACAAAUACACAAAAAAAAAAAAAA